AUGGACGGGUGGGCGCUGGACAGCAAUGUCCGGGAGGCCAAGGAGCGGCUGGACCAGAAGCUCAAGAGCAAGAGCACCGGGCCCGACACCGUCAUCAAGAGGCAUCACAGCACGGGGAGCAUAAAGCUGAGCAGAGCAAACGGAAGCGGCGGCGGCGGUGGCGGAGGGGGCUCGUCGGCGGCGGUGGCGACGGGCGUGCAGCGGGAGGUGUACUCGAAGAAGGGCGUGAUGCGGCGGCUGAUGAGGUGGAGCCGGCUGCGGUGGGAGGCCGCGGAGCAGGCGGAGUGCGCGGUGUGCCUGGAGGAGUUCGCCGCGGGCGACGUCCUGGCGCACCUGCCGUGCGGCCACCGCUUCCACUGGGGCUGCGCGCUGCCCUGGCUCGAGGGCGCCGCCGCCGCCUCGCACUCCUGCCCGUUCUGCCGCGCCGCGGUCGACGCCGGCGCGCACGCCGCCUCCUAG